AUGAAUGCUGGAAGCACGUUGUCUAUGGCGGUGAACUGCCUCGCCGACAUGUGCGUCCAAGAGGACAUGUACUACGCCCCUGUCCGAGUGCCCCAUCCGAGUCAGUACCAGUACGUUUCGCUCUCUGACGGCUGUCACACUCCGGUGUCCAGUCCUGGAACCCUUCCUGCGUCGCCAGCUGGAUCGCAGGGGAGCCUCACGGAACUGUGCCCGAUUGGACAGGAAGGUUAUCCACAGCAGGACAGGCUUCUGUCGCGGAGCACGGAAGAGACGGAAUUUGAUUCUGACGCUGAGAAUGGUAGUGUCUACUCUGUGAACUCCGCGUCUGAGAGGAAGGCAAGCAAGAGCAACGGGAAGAGAAGACAGUCGGAAAGACCUCCUCCUCCGCAGACAGUUCUGAAGAAGAGACGGUUGGCUGCGAAUGCCAGGGAACGGCGGAGAAUGAAUUCGUUGAACGUCGCUUUUGACAAGCUUCGUGAAGUGGUUCCGUCGCUGGGAAACGACAGGAAGUUGUCCAAGUACGAGACACUUCAGAUGGCGCAGAGCUACAUCAAUGCCCUAAGUGAACUCCUUGUGAGAGACUAG